AGACCCCGCCAACAGGCCGAGUGUUAAUUCAGCAAGAAAAAGGGGGCGGGAAGGGGUGUAGGGCACCUGUCAAUUUACCACCAUGAACGUUGUUUUUGCUGUUAAGCAGUAUGUUUCCAAAAUGAUAGAGGACAGCGGGCCCGGUAUGAAAGUACUUCUCAUGGAUAAAGAGACGACUGGCAUAGUGAGUAUGGUAUACACACAAUCAGAGAUUCUUCAGAAGGAAGUGUACCUUUUUGAACGCAUUGAUUCUCAAAAUCGAGAGAUCAUGAAACACCUGAAGGCAAUUUGUUUUCUUCGACCUACGAAGGAAAAUGUGGAUUAUCUAAUUCAGGAGCUUCGAAGACCCAAAUACAGUAUAUAUUUUAUUUAUUUCAGUAAUGUGAUCAGCAAGAGUGAUGUGAAGUCAUUAGCUGAAGCUGAUGAACAGGAAGUUGUGGCUGAGGUUCAGGAAUUUUAUGGUGAUUAUAUUGCUGUGAAUCCACAUUUGUUUUCCCUCAAUAUUUUGGGUUGCUGUCAGGGUCGAAAUUGGGAUCCAGCUCAGCUCUCCAGAACAACUCAAGGACUGACAGCUCUCCUUUUAUCUCUGAAAAAGUGUCCCAUGAUUCGUUAUCAACUUUCAUCAGAGGCAGCAAAGAGACUUGCAGAAUGUGUAAAGCAAGUAAUAACUAAAGAAUAUGAGCUGUUUGAAUUCCGGCGGACAGAAGUUCCUCCAUUGCUACUUAUUUUAGAUCGCUGCGAUGAUGCCAUCACUCCAUUGCUUAACCAGUGGACAUAUCAGGCCAUGGUUCAUGAACUACUAGGCAUAAACAACAAUCGGAUUGAUCUUUCCAGAGUGCCGGGGAUUAGUAAAGACUUAAGAGAGGUGGUUCUAUCUGCUGAAAAUGAUGAAUUCUAUGCUAAUAAUAUGUACCUGAACUUUGCAGAGAUUGGUAGCAAUAUAAAGAACCUCAUGGAAGACUUUCAGAAGAAGAAACCAAAAGAACAGCAAAAACUAGAAUCAAUAGCAGACAUGAAGGCCUUUGUUGAGAAUUAUCCACAGUUUAAGAAGAUGUCUGGGACUGUGUCAAAGCAUGUGACAGUGGUCGGAGAACUGUCUCGGUUGGUCAGUGAGCGGAAUCUGCUGGAGGUUUCAGAGGUUGAGCAAGAACUGGCCUGUCAAAAUGACCAUUCUAGUGCUCUUCAGAAUGUAAAGAGGCUCCUACAGAACCCCAAAGUGACAGAGUUUGAUGCUGCUCGCCUGGUGAUGCUCUAUGCUCUACACUAUGAACGACACAGCAGUAACAGCCUGCCAGGAUUAAUAGUGGACCUCAGGAAUAAAGGUGUUUCUGAGAAGUAUCGAAAGCUCGUGUCUGCCGUUGUGGAAUAUGGUGGUAAACGGGUUAGAGGAAGUGAUCUCUUUAGCCCCAAAGAUGCUGUGGCUAUUACCAAACAGUUCCUCAAAGGAUUGAAGGGAGUAGAAAAUGUGUAUACCCAGCAUCAGCCUUUCCUGCAUGAGACCCUGGACCAUCUCAUCAAAGGAAAGCUUAAAGAAAACCUCUAUCCUUAUCUAGGCCCCAGCACACUCAGAGACAGACCUCAGGAUAUCAUUGUAUUUGUAAUUGGAGGAGCCACCUAUGAGGAGGCUCUAACAGUUUAUACCCUGAACCGUACCACUCCUGGAGUUAGGAUUGUCCUGGGAGGAACCACAGUGCAUAAUACAAAAAGUUUCCUAGAGGAAGUUCUGGCUUCUGGACUACACAGCCGAAGCAAGGAGAGCUCUCAAGUUCCUUCCAGGUCAGCAAGCAGAAGAUGAGAUGAUGGAGAGCAAAGAGUAUAGCACAGCUUCCCCUCUGGCCUCCACUACAGGCCUUCCCUACUGACCAGAGGGCUUGGAGAGGGGUCUUGUGCUUCUUGUUAGAAUUCAUCUCCUGGUAGCCUGCGAUUCCUGAACUGCUGGCACAAACACCAAGACUCCCAGUGAUGCACUGAGAAUAAGUCUGAACCUUCCCAACCCACUUUUCUUGUGGUUUCUUUAUCAAGUAAAUGUAUUCUUUGUGUAUUUGGUAGUACAAUCACUCCAGUUCGUGAUGGGUUUUCUUGGGAUCUUACUUGGGAAAAGGGUUGUCAGAGCCAAGAGGGGUUUAAAAACUAAUCAUGUAAUAUACAUACCACCUUCCUCAAUUUCCUCUCCCCUUGAACCUUUUUUCUUUCUAUUAACCACAUUCCUACACAACUCAGUUCUGAGAACUCAUCAUGUUUCUCUAGAGAGCCAUCCAAAAAUUGUUUGUCCGUACCUUGGAAUUUUCUGUGGCACUAAGAAACCAUGUAUGACCACAAUAAAAAAUUCAUUUUG